CGUCCUCCUCCUCCUCCUCCUCCUCCUCCUUCCUCCUUCUUCUUGUUCUAGGGUUUCUCGAAUCACCGGCGACGUCGUCUUCCGAGGACCGCCGAGUUCCGGGAUGUCAUCCGACACGGCGGAUACGCAGCCCGCGCCUUCGCAGGCCCGCACCACCUGUAGCUCCCUCCUCCACGAGCUGCAGAUCAUUUGGGAUGAGAUCGGUGAGGGUGAUGGUGAGAGGGAUAAAAUGCUUCUGCAGCUGGAGCAGGAGUGUCUUGAUAUUUAUCGCCGGAAGGUCGAUAAAACCAGAAAGCACAAGGCGGACCUGCAUCAAUCACUAGCCGAGUCUGAAGCUGAAAUAGCCAACCUUAUUUCUGCCCUCGGGGAGCGCAUAAACAUCGCGCGGGGGAAGGGUAGUCUCAAAAAGCAACUCUCUGCCAUACAACCUGUUCUGGAUGACUUGAGGUUGAAGAAAAACGAAAGAAUGAAGGAAUUUUCAGAGACACAAUUGCAGAUUGCCCGGAUAUGUGCAGAGAUAGCAGGCGAUGGACUGUCUAUUGAUUCUACUUCUCUGCAAGUUAAUGAAUGUGAUUGGACAUUAAACAAGUUGGCGGAAUUCAAAUCACACUUGCAGGAGCUUCAACAGGAGAAGUUGAUCCGCUUACAAAGAGUGAACAGUGAUAUCAACACCAUCCAUCAGUUGUCAGUCGUGUUGUCGUUUGAUUUUUUUGAGACUGUCAAUGAAAUUAAUCCAAGUUUGCGCAGCUGCAAAGGUGACCAGGUUAAAAGCAUAAGCAAUGACACUCUUGCUAGACUGACAAGUGCGAUCCAUUCCCUAAAACAGGAAAAAAAACAGAGACUACAGAAGCUUCAAAAUCUAGGGAGCACACUCAUGGAGCUGUGGAACCUUAUGGACACCCCUACUGAGGAACAGAAAAAAUAUGACUUCGUCACCAGUUUAAUUUCUUCCAAUGUCGACGAGGUGUCUAGGUCAGGAUCCCUCGCUCCAGAAGUCAUUGAGCAGGCUGAGCUUGAAGUGGAGAGGUUGAAUGUGCUAAAGGCCAGUAAGAUGAAGGAGCUUGUUUUAAAGAGGCAAAGUGAGCUUGAAGAAAUCUACAGAGGUGUUCAUAUGGAUGUGGAUAGUGAUGCAGCAAGACAGAUUCUCAUCAGCCUUAUAGAAUCAGGCAAUGCUGAUAUGUCUGAUCUGCUUUCAAGCAUGGACGACCAGAUUGCAAAAGCAAAAGAGCAAGCUCUGAGCAGGAAGGAUAUUUUGGAUAAGGUAGAGAAGUGGAAGUAUGCAGCAGAAGAGGAGAAAUGGCUUGAUGAUUAUGAAAAGGACGAAAAUCGCUAUUCUGCUGGAAGGGGAGCACAUAAAAACCUCAAACGUGCAGAGAAGGCGCGGAUCCUGGUCAGCAAAAUCCCAUCUAUUAUUGAAACUUUGACAUCAAGAAUAAAAGCUUGGGAAUCAGAGAAAGGGAUCCCUUUCUUGUAUGAUAAGGAUCCCCUCUUAUGUACUUUGGAGGAGUACUCAAUGUUGCGGCAGGAGAGAGAAGAGGAAAAGCGUCGAUUUCGGGACCAGAAACGACUACAGGAGCAACUUGCUGCAGAACAAGAAGCCAUCUUCGGUUCCCGGCCCAAGAAACCGCUCGGCCAGAGCACCACCGCCAAUACCCUCCAGGGAACACCAAUCGGUCGACGGGGUGCCACCCCAGGCCGUCAUGGAGUGCUCUCAAGCGGCAAGGAGCGCAGAGACGGCCGCAAGUCUAAUACUGUCAUUCCUAUCAACUAUGUCGCUCUUCCGAAGGAUGAUGCCGUUUCUCAGGGAAACUGACAUGUGUCUUCCUCUUCGAUACUUGAUGAAUUUUUUCCUUGCCCGAAAAACCAGACGAUGUUUUGUCCUCAGGAAUUGUGCAUAUGACCAUAACAGCUAAUAAAAGUACAGCUAAUUGUUUCGUGCCAA